GGCCCCGCCCCCCCGGCAGUCCAUAAAUGCGCGGGGGUCGGGCGAACCCAGCGGUCGGGAGCGCUGCUGGCAGGUGACCGAGAGAGGUCGGCGCGCCCCGCGUCCCGUCCGCCGCGCGCCUGGUUCGGGCCGGGCUCGGAGCCCCAGCCAUGCUGUUCUGGCACACGCAGCCCGAGCACUACAACCAGCACAACUCCGGCAGCUACCUGCGGGAUUUGACUAGUGCUCUUCAAAGGGAAAACGACGUCCUCGCUCUGCCCAUCUUCAAGCAGGAGGAGCCCCAGCUGUCCCCCGAGAACGAGGCCCGCCUGCCGCCCCUGCAGUAUGUGCUGUGUGCCGCCACGUCCCCAGCUGUGAAGCUGCACGAAGAGACUUUGACCUACCUCAACCAAGGUCAGUCUUAUGAAAUCCGACUGCUGGAGAAUCGGAAGCUGGGAGAUUUUCAGGAUCUGAACACAAAAUAUGUGAAGAGCAUCAUCCGCGUGGUGUUCCACGACCGGCGGCUGCAGUACACAGAACACCAGCAGCUGGAGGGCUGGCGGUGGAGCCGGCCCGGGGACCGCAUCCUGGACAUCGAUAUUCCACUGUCUGUUGGUAUCUUGGACCCCAGGGCCAGCCCGACCCAGCUGAAUGCAGUUGAGUUUUUGUGGGACCCUUCGAAGAGAGCGUCUGCUUUCAUUCAGGUGCACUGCAUCAGCACAGAGUUCACCCCGAGGAAGCACGGGGGCGAGAAGGGCGUGCCCUUUCGGGUGCAGAUCGAUACCUUCAAGCAGAAUGAGAAUGGGGAGUACACGGAACACUUGCACUCGGCCAGCUGCCAGAUCAAGGUGUUCAAGCCAAAGGGAGCUGACCGGAAGCAGAAGACUGACCGAGAGAAGAUGGAGAAAAGAACGGCCCAAGAGAAGGAGAAGUACCAGCCGUCCUAUGAAACCACCAUCCUCUCAGAGUGCUCCCCGUGGCCCGACGUGGUGUACCAGGUGAACAGUGCCUCGUCCCCAAGCUACAACGGCUCUCCGAACAGCUUCGGCCUUGGCGAAGGCAACAGCUCCCCAACCCACCCGGUGGAGGCCCUGCCUGUGGGCAGUGACGUAAGUGUCUGCGGCUGGGCGCUGGCUGCCUGUCCCAUGCAGACCGAGCUCCCCCUCAAGGCCUGUCCUCUCUGCCCGCAGCACCUGCUUCCCUCGGCCUCCAUGCAGGACGCCCAGCAGUGGCUCCACCGCAACAGAUUCUCCCAGUUUUGCCGGCUCUUCGCCAGCUUCUCGGGUGCUGACCUGCUGAAGAUGUCCCGCGAUGACCUGGUCCAGAUCUGUGGCCCUGCAGAUGGGAUCCGGCUCUUUAACGCCAUCAAAGGCAGGAACGUGAGGCCGAAGAUGACCAUUUACGUCUGCCAGGAGCUGGAGCAGAGCCGCGUGCCCCUGCAGCAGAAGCGGGACGGCGGCGGGGACCCCAAUCUGUGUGUGUACCACGCCAUCUUCCUGGAGGAGCUGACCACCUUGGAGCUGAUCGAGAAGAUCGCCAACCUGUACAGCAUCUCCCCGCAGCACAUCCAUCGGGUGUACCGGCAGGGCCCCACCGGCAUCCAUGUGGUGGUCAGCAACGAGAUGGUGCAGAAUUUCCAAGAUGAGUCCUGUUUCAUCCUCAGUACCUUAAAAGCCGAGAGCAAUGACGGCUACCACGUCAUCCUGAAAUGUGGCCUCUGAGCAGGAGACGAGCAGGCAGCCACCUCCUACCCUCAGCCCCGCGGACCCCCUUGGAUGUAGAAAUCGCACCCUCGGAAGCUGCGGCGAGGAGGGGCCUGGCCCAGCCCGUGAAAGCCACAGACCAACCCCCAGCCGAGACCCUCGGAGGCCAUGUCUCUGGCGGGCAGAAAGCCUCCCCCUCCUCCUAGCCCCAGCUUCGGAGCGGUUCCUUGUUCUCCUUCCCAGCCCUGCCAUUCUGAAGAGGCCGACGGUGGGGCGUCUCCUCUGAUGCUCCCCUAGUUGGAGGCUAGCUCACCGGGUACCUGGGUGCCACUUGUACUGGUCCCUGCCUUCGCCCUCUUCUCUGGUAACUGGCUUGGUGAUGGGGCUGCUGACGAAAUGGGGGUGCUUUGCGACUCUUCUCCUGUCUUCGUGUCAGUUUCACAUCUCAGGGACCCUGGUGAGCAUCCGUCCUUCCUGUUACUGGGUGGAUUGAUGGGAGUUGGGUUUCUUCUGUGCCUUCUGCUUCUUUCACGUUUACCUUGAUUCUAAGGGUCUGCUGUUGCUCAGAGCCCGGAGGUGGGCUCGCAUCUCUUCAUUGCCGGGGUAGACACACCACAGGGCCACACAGACCUAGUUCUAAGGCCCUUGGGAGGGACGGGGGGAGGCUAGAAAGACUAAUCUUAGGCACAUUCUCAUGAAUAUAAAAGGGAAGAGAACCAAAUGAUUCCUCUUGAGCUCCUUCGGUAUAAUUUUAUUUCCUAAGCAAUCAUGCGUAAAGGAGGACUAGGAAAUGAGCAUUCCAUUGUAUGAUCACAUGACCUUGACUGUCCCGACACCAGGCCCUCUUGGAUGGACUCACCAAAUCCCAUUUAGAGAAGACCUCCAAACUUGCCAAGCUUCCUAGAGACAUUGUAUCUUCUGGGAGGGCUCCCCUUUAAAUGUGUCUCUUUUUUCAUUUGUAGAGGGUGUGUUUGGGGCAUUUCACCUGCACUGGAAUGGUUGGAUCACCUCUCUUAGUGGCCUAACUAUGGGGAAAUUUGAAUAUCAGUAACCAGUAGACUCAGGAAUUAGUCUUUGUCUCUGUUUCCUGGGACCCACUGAUCUGUACUGGCCCUGGGCUUCAAGUCUUUGCUCAUGUAAGUUCAACUUACAAAGCAUGGUGAGCGCUGUGACCAACUGAGUAGGACUUGACAGCUUUUAAAGUGGAGCUUUGGGGGACUAUAGAGAUGAUCAGAAUGGGUAGACCUUGUUUUACAGAUGGAGAAACCAAAGCCCAGAGGGGCAGAGCCACCUGCCUGAUAUCGCAUAGUGAUAGGGUAAUGGCAUAAAUUUGUCAUCUAAACCAGGACACUUCUGCGAGUGAAAGGGGCUCUAGCAAUAAGUACGUUGGGCCAACAGGUGUGAUGUCCUACGGUGUAAGGACAAGCUUCUGAUUCCCUCUCCUUUUGGGGGAUGGGGGGAGGAGGAGCACAUAACAGCUUUAUUGAGAUAUGAUUCACAUACUGUACAAUUGACCCGUUUAUAGUGUACGGUUCUAUGAUUUUUUAGUCAAUUCACAGAAACACCACAUCAAUUUUAGAACAUUUUCAUCAUCCCUAAAAGAAACCCUGUACCCUUGGCAAGUACUCUCCUAUUUUCCUUAACAAUUUCUCUAGUCCUAGGCAACCACAAAUCUUCUUUCUAUAUAGGUUGACCUAUUCUGGACAUUUCACGUAUGUGGAAUCAUACAAUAUGUGGUCUUUUGUGACUAGCUUUUUUUUCACUUAACGUAGUGUUUUCUAGGGUCGUCCAUAUUGAACAUAUAUCAGUACUGCCAUCCUUUUUAUAGCUUAAUAAUAUUUCAUUCUAUGGCUAUACCACAUUUGUUUAUCCAUCCAUCAUUUGAUGGAUAUUUGAGUUGUUUCUGCCUUGGGGCUAUUAUGAAUAAUGCUGCUAUGAACAUAUUUGUACACGGUUUGGUGUACACCUAUGUUUUCUUUUAGGAAUAUACGUAUGAGUGGAAUUGCUGGGUCAUAUAGUAACUCUAUGUUUAAUAACUUUUUGAGGAACUGCCAGACUGUUUUCCAAAGCAGCUGCGUCAUUUUACAUUCCCGUCAGCAGUGUACGAGGCUUCCAAUUUCUCUACAUACUGAUCAACACUUGCUACUAUCUGUCAUUUUGAUUAUAGCAUCCCAGUGGGUGUGACGUGGUAUCUCAUCGUGGUUUCAAUUUGCAUUUCCCUGAUGGCUAAUGAUGUUGAGCAUUUCUUCAUGUGCUUACUGGCCAUUCGUACAUCUUCUUUGGAGAAAUGUCUGUUCACCUCUUUUGCCUAUUUUCAGUUGGCUUAUUUGUCUUUUUAUUAUUGAGUUGUAUGAGUUCUUUGUAUAUUCUAGAUGCAGGUCCUUUAUCAGAUAUAUUAGGUGUCAAAAUGUUCUCCACUUGUGUGGGUUGCCUUCACUUUCUUAUAAUGACCUCUGAAGGGCAAAAGUUUUUAAUUUUGAUGAUGUCUAAGACACCUGUUUUUUCUCUUGUUGCUUAUACUUUUGGUGUCCUAUAUAAGAAACUAUCGCCUAACCCAGGGUCAAGAAGAUUUAUGCUUAUGUUUUCUUCUAAGAAUUUUGAUAGUUUUAGCUCUCCAAUAGUCUUUGAUUAAUUUUGAGUUAAUUUUUAUAUAUGGUGUGAGGUAGGGGUCCAACUUCAUUCUUUUGCAUGUAGAUAUCCAGCUGUCCCAGCACCAGUUGUUGAAAAGACUAUUGGAAUCGCCAUAGAAUUGCCUUCAUACCGUUGCUAACGGCUCCUGAUUCUUACUGGAUCUUUUUUUCUGCGACAUGGGGCUGUCAUUAGGAAGCUCACCUUUUUUUUUUUUUUUUUUAAACUCAGCCCACGUUUGGCUCCUCCAUUUUUACACCUGGAUUUCUAUUCUCUUCUUGCUGUCUCCCCCUUUCCCUGUCUCAACAGUACUGGGUCACAUCACUCUCUGAUGUUCUGCAACCUUUCUGGGUGCGUAGCUCCACACGUCAGUUCUAGGGGAUCAAGACCAGUCAUUUCCUUUUUUGAGGAGACAGAGUCGCACAGAAGUGGAAUAACUUGCUCUAGGUCCCCCAGAUCCAGGACUAGACUGUUGAUCUUGUGACUGCCGGCCUUUCCAGGUGUCUGCCAUUCACUAGACCCAAGAGAUGCCACUGCCCAGACCCAAGUGAUGGCAGGCUAAAAUCUUAAUUCUAAAAAUGUGGUAGGCUACUGUUUUUAUUUCUUCAUUCCAGAUGAGGGUCUAAUCAGGAUCUGGUACCUUAAGUUUGCUGUAGGUAGAGUCUUCUGUUCUCUGGAAUGCACACUGCGUCUACUCUGCUUAUCUUCUCCUAGUGGUUAUAGCUCAGUCUUGUAGCUUACAGAGAAGUAGAAAAUAAUAAAUACAAAAAAAGAAUACACAUAGUCAUUUGGUACCAAAAUGUUUUCGCCGCCCAAAUCAGCAGCUCGUCCCUUCCACAGGGGUCAGCUGAGCUAGCUGUAGGUUUUUGGGUUUUGUUUCUGUUUUGUUCAUUUUAUUAAAGUACAGAAAAGCUGUAGCCCUUCCCACUCUUGUCCACUGUCUUUCUUGUGAGCUCCGAGUCCAGAGUCUGGGCCUGCUGGACAGGCAGCCCCUCCCAGAACUGUCCCCUCUGCCCCCACGUAUUCUAGGCUGUGGCUUCUCGGCAGCAACACAUUUUAAAAGGGAUCCGCAGAGGGACAAAAGAUAAACCGUGCACUUGGGCCACUGUCUCGGGUCACCUGAAGCUGAGUGCUUUAUUCUCAGGCCAUCACAUUUCUUUGCUGGGCAGGUGUCUGUUUGCAAGGCUGUGAUGAACCUUCUCCUGGUUACCGAGUUGCACCUUUAUAAUAAAGACACGGGCUUUUGAAUGGGGGAAGGGCUGAUGGGCCUUUGGAAAGAGCAGGAUGGGGGAGGGAGGUCGAAAUCUUGGUUUGGGGUCCUAAGCGAAGGUCAGAUGUUGCCCUGGUGACCUUCUGCCCAAGGACCUCUUGGGAAGAACUGUGAGCCUAGAGGGGCCUUUCCUGGGAGCACAGUGGAGCUGCCUGAACAGUGUGUCACCAGUUUCCAAGUCCAGAGUGGCGUCAGGGGCUGGCUGAGUAAGUUAAGGUCUGAAAAUCAUUAACGAGUUGACGAGAAUGGAAAAGCCUCUUUUGCUGCUGUCAGUGGGGCAAAAGAAGGCAGCCCUCAGGCUCUCAGAGAAGAUGGAAAAGCAGGUGACCAAGAGCCAGGGGUCCUGGGUCCCCAGACCCUCACUUGGCUUCUGCCUCUCUGGGUCUCGCCUCCUCUCUGGGAGGCCUCUGGGGUCGUGGCUGACUCAGUCCUCGGUGAGUCUGAGGGGCAGCAAGGCUUUCGUCUUUCCCACCAUCAGAGUCUUACUGUGGGCAGGUGGCAUGCGUGUGUGUAUUUCAUGGUGGUACUUGGCACCUCAGAUGCUCCCGCUUGGGCUGGUGCACGCACCCGAAGGUUUGCUCACAUUUCAGUGUGAGGCAUGGCAUCUUAGACGUGUCUUUAAGAAUCCAGCCUAGCUCACAACCGGGUUGACGUGACUCCGUCAGCGCUCUUAAGAGUGGCCGCCAGCUGUUGCCUGCAGCCUGAGGCUGGAUUCCGUUGGCUGGCUAUGUGUCUACAUUAUAGAUGCAUGUGUGCGUGCGUGCGUGCGUGCGUGCGUGCGUGCGUGCAUGUGUGUGUUUAUGGAUGCACGUGGAUCCCUUUCCCUACCCCUGUAUCUGGCAUGAGUGCAGCCCUGAGCAUCCUCAGCUUACUUAGAUGCGGUGAUUACAGCUGCUCUCUUUAGAUCUUAUGUGAUGCUCCUGGUUCAGACUCUGUUGACGAAGCUGGUUAGGGCACAGUUGCUCUAAUCGAGGGGAAAUGCCCACACUAAGUCCCGCUCAUCUGGGGAGGGGAGCAGUGCUGGCAGCUGACAUCUGACCAGGACCCCAAAAGCAAGGCCCGUGGAGUUGGUCUUCCUUGAAGCUGCCUCAGGUACCCUGUGUCCCCUCGGGCUGUGUAUCCUGUGUGUGACAUCAUCAGUCAGGCUGGCCAAUAGGAAAUGUUUGUACACCCUCUCUGGUCACCUCCCAGCCCUCUCCCCUGUGUCCUGUGGGGACAGGGCAGUGAGGUGCUGGGCAGCCGCGCCCCCCGUCCCCCGGCCUCCUUCCUAGCGGCAUCCUGAGAGCUCCUUGCAGCCUCCGCCCAGCUCUCCAGAGCUCCCUGCAAAGGCUUCUCCUGGGCUUUCUCCGUCCUUCUCCCCUGGGGAACGGCUAAGUUCUGAGGGGCGGUCCCCCCCUUGUCAUGUCGGGGCCCUUCUAGCGGCAGUGUCCCCAAGAGGUAGCUCUGAGAGGUGGCUUUCCUGUUCUGUGCAGGGCGGCUGGUGGGGUGAGGUGAGGAGGGGCGGGCACUGCUUAGUCUGGGGCUGAGCCGCCCUGCCUUCCAGGCCGCCAAACCAGCCCCCUCCGAAGAGGGAAUGUGUGAGCCUGUCCUGUGCCCUUCAUCCUGGGGAGCCCUGAGGGUGGCCUACAGGGAGCUAGCAGGGACCAGGGAAGCCUUUUAUCAUGGAAGGUUCACAAUCCUUUCUCAAAGGCAGAAGAAUAGAAUUAACCCUGGUACCUGUCACCCAGCCUCUGCAGUGGUCACCCUACAGCCACUCAUCAGGAGCCGAAUGCAGCUCCCUGCUGGCUUUCGUGGUCUCUCUGACGACAGUGAACCCUGAACCCAAUGAAGUGAAAGGGCAUCCUGUACCCCUCCCCUAUGCCAUUCCCAUUAGUAUACCUGUAUUACCAAAAAAUGUACUCAGUGAUUCUAUUUUGAAUUUCAUCAUCAAAAACGUUAUGGAAACUUGUUUUCUCUUAUACUGACAUAAUAUCGAUUUGCCUCCUCUUAGCCUUUAAAGCCCAAAAUAGGUCCCGUCCAGCCCUUUGCAGAAAAACUGCCCACUGCUGAGUUAGACCUCUGUUACUCUUCCCCCUGGAUUAUGUUGAAGAAAAUCCUAGAAAAUAAGGACUUUUAAAAAUAGUAAAAAAGUAUUUUGUUUGGAGCUUUGAAGCAGGAGAGUCAUUGAGCUGAGCAGUCUUUGAACCCCUGCUGCCUGUUGGGCACGCGGCCCCCUCCCCCCGGCCGGCUCUGCCCCAGCCGCUCAGGAACCAGAGCCCUUUGCUCUUGCCCCUUCCCUCCUGCUGUCCGGUUCCUGGAGACCUGCUGGACCCUUGGAUCCCCAGGGCAGGGUGCUGGGGGUUGGUGUCCCGAGGGCCAGGCGUGGGGAGGGACCUGUACUGGCCCCGAGCCACGGUAGGUGGCGGCCUCCUGACUUACGUCACUGGGACUUUCCUGUCCCGGGAGGUGCAGCCUGACCUUCACCUCCAUGGUGCCUUGAGGACCUCGCAGCUCCUCAGGGUCCCGCGCAUCCCUCCGCGCGUGUCUGGUGCUCUUCCUCUGAUGAGGGACCCGCUUGUGGCAACCUCAGCUUGCUGGUGGAGACGGUUCCCUGGGCCCGAUUCCCAGUUCUGCCCCCGGAGAAGCCAGCCCCCAGGCAGCCCUACGGGGUGAAUCCCUCAUGCUGAGGUCCAGCCGGGAUGGGGCCACCUCCCUAUGGCUUGGCCAUCCUUUCUGGGCCCCCCGGCUCCUUCGCUCCCUGUGCAGAUGGCCGGAGCCUGCGGCCGGUCCUCUGUUAAUACCAACUGCGGAUGCUGGCUGGCCUCGCCUGGGUCACACAUUGUGCUCUGUGCUUUGCCGUUGUCUCAUUUGAGCCUCCCCACGAAGCUCUGAGGCCCCCGAAGCCUGGUUUCCAGGUGAGGAAAUCAAGACUGAGAAAUCAGACAGGGGCCCAGGGUCCUACGACUACUGGUGGGCUGAGCCGGGGUCUGGAUCCCACAUCCAGACAUGCACGCUCUCGCCCCAGACACGCAGGUGGAGCCCUUUCGUCCUUAGCACUCACUUUUGUGCUGACAUCAUCCCUGGGCUCCACGCCCUGGGUGGGGACAGCAGAGAAGGGCAUUGUUUUGUGUGCCUCCCACCAGCCCUCCCCUUGCUGGGCAAAAUCUUGCUUACUGUGUUCGCCAAUGUUCCUGUAUUGAAAGUGAUUUCUUUCUUAAAAUGCCACUUCCUCACCUUUCUCCAGAUUGGGUGACUUUUCUCUAAAGGUGGUGGGUGUCUUGAUUGGGGUGGUGUGGCCCUGGGAUGGGUCAGGUGGGUGUGACGGCAACGGGAUGGGUCAUGGCGUGGGUGGGGGGGAGUGGGCAUUGAAGCAGAAGUUGUCACACUGCCACGUUUUGUACCGGAAAUAAAGCAUAUUUUGCACUUGUUACUGUACCAUUGUGCAGACGAGAGAUCUGUUUGGGGUUCUGUGCUUGGGUCAGAAAGCAAAUAAAACUGAUUUGUAAGAAA